GAUGUUUCCAUGUCAAUCGUUGGUAUAUGCCUUCUACAACACCAUAAUCUACUCAUCGACACGCGCAAACGAAGGCUGGUAGACAGAAACAGUAAUUUAUCUGUUAGCGUAACUUCUUUUUCUGGUCGCAGAUUAUCUCCAGUCACAAUUAAGCAUACUAUAGACCCAUUUUAUCAACCACUACUCAAUAAGUAUCCUGGGAUACAACAAACGCAACCGAAAUUACCGUGUGUAACCAGCAACGUUACACAUCACAUCACAACUACAAGACCACCUGUAUCCCCUAAAGCUCCACGACUAGCCCCCGAAAAGCUAAGAAUGGCGGAAAACGAGUUCGACCACAUGAUAGACCUAAGAAUCAUAAGACCGUCAAAUAGCCCAUCGGCGCCUACGUUGCACAUGGUCCCUAAAAAGGAUAGCAACGAUUGGCGUCCAACUGGCGACUAUCGGCGAUUGAACGCGAAAACCAUUCCCGAUCGUUACCCGUUGCCUCACAUUCACGAUUUGACAGCUACCUUGAAACGUACAACUGUCUUUUCGAAAAUCGACUUGGUUAAAGCGUAUAACCAAACCCCUAUGGCCACUGACGAUAUACCGAAAACAGCUAUUAUAACUCCUUUCGGACUCUAUGAAUUUUUGCGAAUGCCUUUCGGUCUAAGAAACGCUGCACAACCAUUCCAAAGUUUUAUAGACAAUGUUUUUCGAGGUCUCAACUUCGUACAUGCGUAUGUGAAAUAGCAAGUCCGGACAGAGAAUUGCAUCUCAAGCAUAUGGAUCUUGUUUUCGACCGACUACAAAAACAUGGCAUUACUGUAAACAUUCAGAAAUGCCAAAUUGGAACCGACUCAUUAGACUUUCUAAGACACACUAUCGAUGCUCAAGGUAUCCGACCCCUUAGAACCAAAGUGGCGGCCAUUCUGCAUUACCCAGAACCGACCACCAUCAAGCAAUUAUGCACGUUUAACGGCCUUGUAAGUUUCUAUAGACGAUUCAUACCGAAAUGCACGUUACGUGUGAAACCUCUGACCGACCAACUUCGUGGAAAUGCGAGAUCCACCAAUCUGGACGACAGAGCGCGAAAAGCAUCCUCCACAGUUGAGGAACUUACCACAAUGCUUGCUCAUCAGGACACCGAAGCACUCAUUAGUAUCGCAGUAGAACCAUCCGACUCAGCAAUCGAAGGAGUUUUACAACAAUGGGUUAACAACUCCUGUCAACCCUUGGCAUUUUUCUCUAGACGGUUGCUAGACACCGAAUCGAGGUACAGCACAUUCGGUAGGGAACUCCUGGCUAUCUAUUGUGUUGUACGGCAUUCCCAACACAAUAUCGAAGGCCGUGAAUUUACCCUUUUCACUGACCAUAAACCGCUUUCCCUCUCUUUAAGCUCUUCCUCUGAGAUUUCGCAGUUUACUUCAGACAUCCAACACACUUCAACCUGCGUUGACCGUUUCACUCGAUGGCCAGAAGCAGUACCUAUCAAGGACAUCACUGAUGAAACAGUGACCCGCGCCUACGUCGAACGAUGGGCAGCAAACUUCGGCUGCCCUUCAACUAUCACUACAGACCGUGAACGUCAGUUCGAAUCUGAACUUUUCCAUCGUCUGACCACACAUUUAGGAAUCACUCGCUUACGAACGACCACCUACCACCCACAAGCAAACGGGAUGGUAGAACGCUUUCACCGACAACUAAAAGCUUCACUAUCAGCUGCAAACGUUUCACAGUGGACCGACGGUCUUCCACUCGUCUUACUGGGUAUUCGCAAUGCAGUGAAAGCUGACAUGGGAUACGCUGCGGCUCAACUCGUUUAUUGAACAACACCUCGACUUGCAGGAGAAUUCGUGGAUCCUUCAUCCUCGUCAAUGAACAUGGAUCUAACCUCCUACACGAACAGGCUUACAAACGCAAUACGUUCAGUUAAACCUGUUUCCACUGAACCGCAAUCAACUGAUGCUUUCGUUCAACCUGACUUACGAUAUAGUACACACGUCUUCGUGCUUCAAAACUCGAACCAACGACCUUUCGAAUCAGCAUACGAAGGAACUUUCAAAGUUCUUCAACGCAAACCCAAGUACUAUAUAAUCGAUAAGAACGGAACCAACGACAGCAUCAGCAUCGAUCGCCUCAAAGCAGAGUAUUUGGGAGAAAGUCAUAUCUACGUCGAUUUCCCUUCAGUACAAUCGAACGACACGACUCCGACACUCAUAAUAUCUCAUCCGACGACCAACACGCACAAUGAUACUUCGACAGUAUCUGAAAACAAACUUAAGACAACGCGUUCUGGAAGGAGAGUAAGAUUUCUAGAACAUUUAAAUGACUAUUGCACAUGAGACACUAGUUAACAUUUUGCUUCAUCUCGAUUUUCC